CUUUAAAAGGACAUCUGUCUUAUAAUCUGUCUGUUAAAAAUUUGAAAACCUCAAAAAUAAUGAAUCCUAAGUUUGCGCUGAAGUGCCUUCGAGCAUUCAAUCCUGGCCGAAGAACUUUGUCGGGAACUCCAGUGCCAGGCCACAACAUAAUAAAGAAUACUCAAAAAAAGUUUACUCAAGAUGACGGACUACCGGUUCAUUUGAAAGCCGGUAGUAGAGAUAGGCUUAUGUACAAUGGAUGUUGGCUGGCUAUUAUACUUAUGGACCUGUGGGGAGCCAAAGUGAUCAUAUGGGAUGCAAGCCUUGUACCGUGGUUGGCGACUUUCUAAAUACUCUUUUACAAAUACCAACUUAGAAAUUUGUCGUUAAUUUGUUUCAAUGAAAUACAUUCAUCUUGUUCUAGCA